AGCCCUUCAGACUUGAGAGGACGAUGGAAGAAGAAGAAGCUAGACAGCAAGAGUUGCUAUGGAAAUCGGAGCCCCGACCCGAAACCAUAGUAUCCGUGACGCUCGCACGUGCCAUGACUUGCCUUCUCAGUACCCGUCCGAAGAAGCUCCACGACUCUAUUUCUCGCCUUUCAUCACACUCGCACCCUCCAACGCCUUCAACGGCUUCUCUCGAGGACUCUCUCUGGUUCUUCCACAACUACGUAACAGACGCCGCAAAAAACAACCGUUCCUUCGAUCAAGUUCUCGUUCCCAUCAUCGAUAACGCAUUGAAGUGCAAAGACUCCUCCAAGCACGGUGGCCAAGCCAUGAUUCUGAUGAACUGGCUCUUUCAGGAUGAGCUUCUUUUCGAACCCGUCGCUCAAGGCCUUGCUGGCAUCGUCACUUCCAGAAAGGACGAUCGCUAUUUGUUGUUCGGUUGGUGCCUCCUUAUUCGGAGUCUCGUCGAAUUCGAGAAUUCUGUUCAUCAAUCCAUGUUUGGUGGAAUAAGGGAGAGGUAUGGUGAUUUGUUGAAGAUAUUCUCCACUCGCAUUCCGGAUUUGGCAGGCAUUGUGAGUAAAGGAAGCACUUUGCAGGAUGGUUUUGAGUUGCCAUCUCGCCUUGGAGUGUCUGCUGCUGAUUGUUUGUUGACCCUUUCUGGAGCAUUAACUAAAACGACUGAGCUUCAAGGUAAGAAGUCAAAAUUAAACACAAGAGCAAAAGAUCGAGCAAUUACUUUUGUACAAUCUCCUACUGUUGACAAGAAGGAGAAACUGGAUUCAAAAUCUUUGAUGAUGUCAAAGGUUGAAAAGGAAUAUACCCUGUGGCAUCAUUUAGAUGACAUUAUUUGUUUGGUGCAAAGACUCCUUGCUUGGAGCAAAAAAAGUCGCUUUUUACAUGCCAAAGGCUUGGAGCAAGUUCUUAAAUGGUUGGAGGAGAUAAAAGGUCACUAUGGGUCCUUUCAAAAUGAGGCAGAUUCUAAUGCUCUCAAGACUGGGGAUUUACUACUCUCUUCUUGCUGGAAGCAUUAUAGCAUGCUAUUACACUUGGAAGAUCAGAAAUUUUCGCAGCAUUACAAGGAACUGUUGGACCAGUAUUUGUCUGGCAUUCAGUAUUAUAUGGACAACCACUCUGGUGAGUAUGCUGACAAGAAGGAUGGUGGGUUGGAGACCAGAAAGUUUUUCCUGAAUUGUUUAUGCCUACUACUGGGACGCCUGGACAGCAAGAAAUUUGAAAGCGUGGUGUCAGAAUUCGGGAUGAAUAUCUCACGCAUUCUAGUCCCACAGCUUAAUUGCACUGAUGAAGAUUUGAUAGUUGGGGUGGUUUCAAUAUUCAAGGCUAUCAUUUUGAAGCCAAAUUACUCACAAGAAGAUACACUUCCUGACAGUAGGCAGUCGAAUAUUGUGAUGCCUUUUCUGCUUCACCUUCUAGAUGAGCGGGAUGGUACAUCUAGAGCUGUUGUUAUGCUGAUAGCAGAAUACUGCUCAAUGAGCAAAGAUGAUAAAUGCCUAAUGGCAAUUCUAAAGCGCCUUGCUUCUGGAAACAUUUCGCAGAGAAGAAAUGCUAUGGAUGUUAUAUCGGAAAUCUUCCAUAUAUCAUCAGGGUCACAAAAAUUAUUGCCUCAUUCUGCUUGGCAAGAUAUAGCCAACAAAUUGCUAGAGCGGCUUGGAGAUGAAGAAAUUGUGAUUCGUGAGCAGGCAUCCAAAUUGCUUCCAGUGAUAGACCCUUCAUUGUACUUGCCUGCAUUGGUUGGUCUUGUUUACUCUACAGAUGAGAGCCAAUCAUCUGCUAGUGAUGCCAUCAUUGGGGUCCUCAAACGUCACAACCAGAGAAUUGAAGUCAUAUUGUUGCUUCUUGACUGUCUUAGCAACAUCCGCGAAACCCUAGAUCUUCCACAGUCCACUGAAGAUAAAGGGUCAAAGUCGGAUCCUGACCGAGUACUCAAACUGGUUCCAGAGUGGUCCAAAAGUGUUCAAAACUGGAACUUCUUAGUUGGACCACUGGUUGACAAGAUGUUUGCAGAUCCAUCAAAUGCAACCAUUGUCAGAUUCUUGAGUUAUAUAAGUGAAACCCUGGCAAAUGUUGCUGAUCUUGUGUUGCAUCAUGUUCUGUUGCGUGUUAGAGAACAGAAGAACAGGAUUGAUGAAAGUUUCUUGUCAAGAUGGGAGUGUAGAACCUAUACCAGUGAUGAGUUUGAAGAAAUGCAGCGAUCUCUGUUUGAGCAUCUUUGCCCGUUGCUCAUAAUUAAGAUGCUUCCCAUGAAAACUUUCAAUGACCUGAAUUCAUCAAUUAUGUAUGGACAUCUCAGUCAAAAUAUAAUGCAUGAUACAGACAGCAGAGACACUGGGAUUGGUUAUGAGUGUAUUGCUGCUCUCCUUCUAAACAGGGCAUUUUGUGAGUUUGAAUUUGAAGAUGUUCAGAAGCUUUCGGCUGAGCUGUGCGGACGCAUUCAUCCACAAGUUUUAUUCCCAUUUCUUUGCUCCAAGUUAGAGCACGCUGUUGAUUCUGAAAACAUACUGAAGAUACGGGCCUGUUUAUUUUCAAUCUGUACAUCCCUUGUGGUCAGAGGUUGGGAGUCACUGUCUCAUCCUUCGAUGCAUGCAAUUAGAAGGUUGAUUGAAACAGUGCUGUUAUGGCCUUGUCUGAAUGCUGAUUCAGUUUCUAAAGCACAACAUGGAUGCAUUGAUUGUCUAGCACUUAUGGUAUGUGCUGAACUACAAGCUCAGGAAUCAAUCACCGACACCAUGCCAGACAGAAUAAGGGUUGCUGGGAAGGAAGAGUCUGCUGCUGCAGGGAAUUCUGUUGUCACCUAUGUGAUCAAUCGGUUCCUCAAUGACAAGAAGGAACAAUCUGAGUUGGGUGAUGAAAACUCUGAAUUUGUGGCUUCAGUUCCUCUCUCUUUUCGUCUGUGCAUGGGUAAUGUUCUCAUCAGCACUUCCCAGAAGAUUUCAGAAUCUUGCAAGAAGCAUUUUGCAGCACAAGUUCUUCCUUCUCUCCUUCAUUCUCUUGAGUUUGAAAUGAAGUCAGAGAUUAGAGCAGCAUGCACCCAGGUCCUAUUUUCAGCUGUCUAUCAUCUAAGAUCUGCAGUUCUUCCCUUUGCAUAUGACCUUCUCAAAAUCUCACUAAUAGCCCUGAGAAAGGAGUCAGAGAAGGAAAGGAUGGCAGGUGCGAAGCUUAUAGCAUCUCUUAUGGCCAGCGAAGAUGUGAUUUUGGAGAACAUAUCUGGUGGACUAUUAGAAGCAAGGUCUGUACUCUCUACCGUAAGUUCAUCAGAUCCUUCAGUCGAGUUACAACAGAUUUGCCGCAAGUUGCUAGCAUGCAUAUCUUCUGCGUGAGUUGCGACAAACUUAUUACAAAAGUUCACACUUAGUUGCGGUAUCACUCUUCUCUCCUUUUAUUUAUUUAUUUGUUGAGUGUGCAUAUUUCACUUUUGUAUGUGCAGAUAAAAUAUUUUCUAAAUAGGUUUCAUUGCCUUCUUAAAUAGUCAUGGGUAGUAGAUGAUAUAACGAUGAUAAUGUUGUAUACAAUAUAGAAUAGCUGUUAAUACUAGGUUAAUGUAAAAUUCAGGGAUU